UUCUCUCUGAAUUGUUGAAUUACUAGCUAAUGCUAGCGCCGUGUUUUUGCUUUACCUGCAUAGCCUAUUUAGACGAACCAUCUCCUCGUUUUGAGACAAUGUUAUAAAUAUAUUUUUACAACGAAUUAGUCAGCGGGGAACGUAUAAUAUUAUGCAGUUCCAGAUAUAUGGAAAACAAUAACAGUCCAACAACAAACUGGACUGGCUAACUACCAGGUUAGCAUGAACGCUAACGUUAGUUAGCUACGCCUACGAUGAAUAAUUUCAACAGUCGGACUGGUAAAAAAGCCCAGAGCAUGUGUGGCUAGCCGCCGCAGACCGCCGCACUGACCAGCCUGUGUGGGAGGACGGACCCUGAGCGCCAUGGCGACGCGGAACAGGAACUCGGUGCAGAUCCUGCUGGGACGCGAGAGAGGCGCCGCCGUGUUGGGCUCCCAGCGCUUCCUGCAGCAGCUGGUGGAGGAGAGGACGCGCUGGAUGAAAUGGCAAAGCCAGAAGGUGGAGUUGCCGGACAGUCCUCGCUCAACAUUCCUACUGGCCUUCAGUCCAGACAGGAAGCUGAUGGCAUCGACGCACGUGAACCACAACAUCUACAUCACGGAGGUGCAGACGGGGAAGUGCGUCCACUCUCUGAUUGGCCACCGCCGCACGCCCUGGUGUGUGACCUUUCACCCCACCAUCCCCGGCCUGCUCGCCUCCGGCUGCCUCGACGGAGAGGUCCGCAUCUGGGACCUGCACGGCGGGAGCGAGAGCUGGUUCACGGAGAAUGACGUGGCGAUCGCGUCGCUGGCGUUCCACCCCACCGCUCAGCUGCUUCUCAUCGCCACCAAUAACGAGAUGCACUUCUGGGACUGGAGCCGCCCCGAGCCCUUUGCCGUCGUCAAGACCGCCAGUGACAUGGAGAGAGUCAGACUGGUGAGAUUUGAUCCUCUCGGCCACAACCUUUUGACUGCCAUAGUGAACCCAUCCAGUCAACAGAACGAAGAGGAUUCGGAGGCGUCGAUGGACGGGCUGGAGAUGCCGUUGCCGCGGCAACGCUCCGUGCGCUCGCCCCCCGUGCGGCGCACGCCCAUCCUGCACAACUUCCUGCACAUGCUGUCGCCGCGCUCGCAAGUGCCCCCCCUGCCCUCCGACAUGCCCCCCCGCCGAGGCUCCGAGGGCCGCGACCUGCCCUCCAUGCCCCUGUUCCAGUACCCCUCCCGCGGGGUCCCCCCCACCCCCACCCCGGGCUGCACGCGCCACCUGCUGGACUCCGUGUGCUACUGCGGCCGCUGCACGUCUGGCGCCCCCUACCUGUCGGUGUCGGGGCAGAACGCUCAGGCUCCGAGCCAAUCGGCGGCGCCGGCUCCCCCGCAGCCCUCCGUUCCCUUCAGCUUCACGCCGCGCUUCUCCAUCGAGCCGCAGCCCUCGCCCGGCGCACACACACACACACACACGCACACACACACACACACACACGCCGCCCACGAGAGGCCCUCGGCCUUCAGCAGCGUGCACAGCAGCAGCGUGGGGGGGGAGGAGAGGGGGGGCGGUGUGGGUGUGGGGGCGGAGCCGUGGGGGCGGCCGGCGGAGGCCGAGGGGGUUUUCCCGCCCAGGACCAGCGCGGCGUCCUCGUCUCCCACGGCGAUGGCCAUCCCCGGCCUGCGUCCCGCCGACGCCUCGUCCUCCUCCAGCGCGCCCAUCUACACGUCGGCCAGCGAGGGCCGCGGAGGAGGGGGGGGGAUGGAGAGUGUGGAGGGGGGGUCGGGGGCGGCGGCCUCGCUCAGACCGGGUCACGGCACCAGCAGCAGUGGGCACCACCCCUUCUACGACGGCGCCGCGUUAGGCUCCGCCCCCCGCAGCUCUAGCCCCGCCUCCAUCCGCACCGUGCUGCAGUGCAACCUGAGCCGCUACUUCCUGGAGUACGAGCGCAUGCAGGACCGGGGGGGCAGCCGCGAGGCCAUGCAGCAGCUGCUCAGCAACAAUAACCACGGCAACGAGGGCGCGGCAGGCAGCAGCAGCGGCGACGCGGAGAGACCCGGCCCCUCCCACUACCAACAACCCCCCCACAACGCACCCCCCCACGCCCCCCCCCACGCCCACGCCAGCCUGAACCGCUGCCGCUCCUGCCACAACCUGCUCACCUACAACCACGACACGCAACGCUGGGAGCGCUCAGGCCCCUCCUCCUCCUCCUCCUCGUCCAAUCAGGACCCGAGCGCCGCCGCCGCGUCUCCUGGCCCCUCCUCCUCCUCCUCGUCCGGUUGGCCGCUCUCGCUGUCGGCGCCGGGAGGCUCGCAGGAAGUCCCUCCCCCCGAGGGGGCGGCGCCGCAGCAGCAGCCCGGCGAGCCGACCUUUGACCCCUCGCAGGGCGCGGAGGGGCGGCACGCGGCGACCUUUGACCCCUCGGCGGGCGCGGAGGUGCGGCACGUGGUGCCCCGAGAGGCCCCGCUGGGGCUGCAGUGUCUGGUGUACAGCCAGGACCGGCGGCAGCGCGAGCGCGAGCGCGAGAGGGAGCGCCAGCGACCCCCCCUGCCCCCCCCUCUACUGCCCCGCCGGCCCCUCGACACCGCCGCCCCCGACGCCUUAAACCAGGAAGUGCCUGUGGAGCCGCCCGACGAGGACUCGCUACGCAGGCGUCUGCUGGAGUCCUCCAUCAUCUCUCUGUCCCGCUACGACAUGACCGGAUCACGAGAUCACCCCAUCUACCCUGACCCUGCCAGGUUGUCCCCUGCUGCCUACUACGCUCAGCGGAUGAUCCAGUACCUGUCUCGGCGGGACAGCAUCCGCCAGCGCUCGCUGCAGAACCGCCUCCGCACGCUCUCCUCCUCGUCCGACAGCCAGGUGCCCAGCCCCACCGCUGCCAUGGAAACGCAAGACGUGGACUACGAGGAGCUGGAGGACCCUGGGGACAGGACAAGGCACAGAAUGCCUCGGAACACCCGAAUGUCUGCGCCAUCUCUCGGUCGUUUUGUUCCACGGAGAUUUCUCUUCCCGGAGUACCUGCCGUACGGAAUCUUCCACGAGCGCAGUCAGGGGGGCGUGGCCACACACUCCUCCAUCAACCGCGUGCUCGCAGGCGCAUCCAUUGGCGACGGCCAGUCUGCUGUGGCGAGCAACAUAGCCAGCACCACCUACCGGCUGCAGUGGUGGGACUUCACCAAGUUCCACCUCCCCGAAAUCAGCAACGGCUCGGUGAACGUGCUGGUCCCUCAGUGUAAGAUCUACAACGAUGCGAGCUGUGACAUCUCGGCGGACGGCCAGCUGCUGGCGGUGUUCAUUCCCAGCAGCCAGCGCGACUUUCCUGACGAGGGCAUCCUGGCCGUCUACUCGCUCGCCCCGCACAACCUCGGGGAACGCCUCUACACCAAGCGCUUCGGCCCCAACGCCAUCUCCGUCAGCUUGUCCCCCAUGGGCUGCUACGUCAUGGUGGGCCUGGCCUCCCGCAGGAUCCUGCUGCACCCUGCCACUGACCACAUGGUGGCGCAAGUGUUCCGCCUACAGCAGCCUCACGGAGGGGAGGCCUCCAUUAGGAUGGCGUUUAACGUGGUCUAUCCCAUGGGGCCUGACCAGAGGCGGCACGUCAGCAUCAAUUCAGCUCGAUGGCUCCCAGAGCCGGGCAUGGGCCUCGCCUACGGCACCAACAAGGGAGACCUGGUCAUCUGCCGCCCUGUGGACUACCGCAGUGAUGGGGAGGGCCCAGCAGAGCAGGUUUUGGAGUCGGCCUUCUCCCUCAACAACACCCCUGGCACCGGCAGAGGCAGAGCUACGGACCGGCCCGGGUCGAGCAGGGCCAUCCUGCGGCUGGAUCGGGACAUGGGUUUAAUGGACGCCAUUGGCCUGCAGCCUCGUCACCCAGCAACCACCGUGACCUCUGUAACCUCUCAGGGCACGCAAACGCCGACGCCCUCGCUGCAGAACGCUCAGACCCAGACGGACCGUGACCCCCAGCUGCCAGGGACCUCCCAGGCCAGCCACAGCAACAGCCAAGCAGUCCAGGUGGAGAGUGUGGACAUUCAGACCCAGAGUGGCUCGCAGCCCGACGCCAGCGCUGACGUAACCACGGAGAUGACCUCUGACCCUCCAGCACAGGAACCAGCUUCACAGGACUCCUCUGCACAGACCAGCGGUCCCACCGCUAACCACGAUCCGGACGGCCCCGCGGAGACGGGAGGAGGAGGAGGAGGAGGAGGAGGAGGAGGAGGAGGAGGUCCUGACGGCGUGGUGUCGGGGGUGGAGUCGGCGGGGGGUGUGGCCGGAGGGGAGGACGCUCUGGCGCGCUUGCGGCGCUUGAUGGCGGAGGGCGGCAUGACGGCGGUGGUUCAGCGGGAGCAGAGCACCACCAUGGCCUCCAUGGGCGGCUUCGGCAACGACAUCAUCGUCAGCCACCGCAUCCACCGCGGAUCACAAACCGGCGCCAACGCAGCACACCUGCAGCCUGCCCACCCCCCCCACCCCAACACCUCCGCACACCUGCACCCCCCCCACCUGCAGCCCCCCCACGAGCCCCCCCACGCCAACACCUCUGCACACCUGCUGCUGCAGCCCAGACACCAGCGCCCCUUGCACCCCCCCCACGUGGCCCCCCUGCUGCCCCCCCACCCCCCGCACGGCGGGCGGCUGUCCCCUCUGGGGCGGCGCAGGAGGCAGGAGGCGGCGGCGGCGGCGGACGUGGAGGACGUGUUUGAGGAGCGCAACGCAGACGGCCCCCCCGCGCCCCCCCACCACCUCUUCAGCGCCAACAACAACAACAACAACAACGGCACCAGCGGCAGCGGCGGCCCAGGAGACCAGUACAGCAGAUAGGGCCCUCCCUCCGGCAUCACAGCGCCCCUAGUGGGGAGGAGGAGGUGUUACAGCAGAGAGACCACAUCACAGCGCCCCUAGUGGGGAGGAGGAGGUGCUACAGCAGAGAGACCACAUCACAGCGCCCCUAGUGGGGAGGAGGAGGUGUUACAGCAGAGAGAGACCACAUCACAGCGCCCCUAGUGGGGAGGAGGAGGUGCUACAGCAGAGAGACCACAUCACAGCGCCCCUAGUGGGGAGGAGGAGGUGUAACCGCAGAGAGAGACCACAUCACAGCUGCCCCCCCCCCCCCCCCCCCCCCCCCAUGCUGCACCCUCAGGACGGGGCUGGGGCGCCACCUAGUGGCAGCAGACAGCAGAGAGAGGAUGGGCUUUACUUGAACACACCUCACUCUCUUUCUGUCGCUUGUUCUCUCUGUCUGGCUCUCUCUCCCUCUUUCCUUCACUCUUCAUCCCCCUCUCUCUCUUCCUUUUCUUCUGGCUCUCUCUUUUCUUCCCUUUUUCUACUCUCUUUUCUUGUCUCUUUUCUUCUCUCUCUCUCCUUCUCUCUCUCUCUCUCUCGCUGAGGAAGUGUCUGUUGUGCUCAUGAAGAGCUCUGUGGCACCCUGUCUCCUCUGCUCUCCUCUCUCCUCCCUCUUCUCUCCUCUGGUCUCCUCUGGUCUCAGAUCAGCGCUCUCUCCUCUGGUCUCCUCUGGUCUCCUCUGGUCUCCUCUGGUCUCAGAUCAGCACUCUCUCCUCUGGUCUCCUCUGGUCUCCUCUGGUCUCCUCUGGUCUCAGAUCAGCGCUGGUGCCAUUUUGAUUUUAACUUGUUCCCGGAUGCGCUGGGAGCCUGUGUGUGUUUUUAGGUGUGGAGGAUGUGGUUACCAUGGUUACCCCUUGUGCCCAGCUGGCCUCCUCUCCCGGCGUUUCCCUGCAAGUGUGUUUUACUCUGAGAGGACCGGACGCAUGAACGAUGAACCAAGAUUUCUAAGGAAAAAGGAUGAGCCUUGUCAACUGAUGCAACCUGUCCUCUGCUGUGGGCUGUGUGUGUGUGUGUGUGUGUCU